AUGGACAAGGGGAUGACAGCUCCUUACAGUGAAUGCCAUAAUGUGAGUACUAGAAGCAGUGGGAGGCAAGAGGAAUCCAUAAGGCAGCAGUUCUUAAAGUGUGCUCUGUGGACCCCUGGGAAUCCCCAAGAGACCCUUUCACGGGAUCUGUCUGUUCAGUGCGUCCCAUCGAGCUGCUCGGCCAUCGCGCGCCUGCGCUGUUGGGCUGUCAGUCAGAAGCGGCGUGGGGAGCUCUGGGAGCGGUUCAGCGUGCUGGGAGCUGAGUUUGUAAAAAUGGAAUUUCAAGCAGUAGUGAUGGCAGUUGGUGGGGGAUCUCGGAUGACAGACCUGACUUCCAGCAUUCCCAAACCUCUGCUUCCAGUUGGGAACAAACCUUUAAUUUGGUACCCAUUGAACCUGCUUGAGCGUGUUGGAUUUGAAGAAGUCAUUGUGGUUACAACCAGGGAUGUCCAAAAGGCUCUAUGUGCAGAAUUCAAGAUGAAAAUGAAGGCAGAUAUUGUGUGUCCUCCUGAUGAGGCUGACAUGGGAACUGCAGAUUCUCUGCGCUACAUAUAUCCAAAACUUAAG